UCUAGGAGUCAUAGGAAAUUUACGUUCUUUUUUCCGCCCAAAAAAAGACAUUUUAAUUAAAAAAUCGUUUACAUGACUUAUUUUACCACUAUUUGUAAUUUACUUUUUGUCGUCACUUGGGACCAGUCUUUUACGCAGAUAUUUUUUUCGGUGACAUGAACUUCUGAUCGCUUUGAAAAAAUUUGUUGCUUUAUCGAUAGGUCAAAAAACAGCAUCAAAACUGAUAUCUUGUAGAUGUCAAGUGUGUGCUAAUACUUGGGAAUUAACACAUUUCACAUUGGAAAUUUAAAUUUACCCGCCACACAUUGAAGCUCAUGGUCAGUUUCUAUGAAACGAAUAAGAAUAUUUUUCAUGAAUCAUGAAAAUUAUUUAUUAGAAUGUCCGCCUCACUUUAUCAAGUGACAGCUAAAAGGAAAAAUAUUUUAUAAAGAAAAAAAAAGAAUAAAUAAAUAUACCGAAAUAAAUAACUGACAGAUUUUAAUUAUUAUUUUUCCAUUACUUUUAUUGUUUACUACAUUGCAGAGAAAAAAUAUAAAAUAAGUAAAAUUAGCUAAAAACUAAAAAAAAAAAAAAAUGUUGCUAAUGGAACGUAUACCAGAUCAAAUAGGAUAUUUAGUUCUUACUCAAGACGGAGCAGUACUUGCGUCUGGCGGUGAAUUAGAAAACGAUGAAAGAGCUGCUAAUAUUAUAACUGGACUUGUAACUUUAACAGACAAAAUAGAUCCGAAAACACAAACAACAAAUGAUUCUUUUAAUAAAAUAUCAAUAACAUAUCCAAAUCACUGCUAUAUUAUUUGUCUAUCAAAUAAAAAAAUUCAUGUGAUUAAAAAAAAAUUGCGAUCACCAGAAAGUCAAUCGGCGACCACUGAAACUCAAAGUCUUAUCGAUAUGUAAAAUAUUUAAAUAAAAAUGUUAUAAAUUGGAA